GCCCAAGUUUGUUCAUAUAAAUUGAGCCUUACAUAAGAACUUUGCUAAUAUGUGGCCCAAUGUUAAUUUUCGGAUGGAAGUCAUGGUUGGCCCAUGUUUAGGGUUGUAGGCCGGUUAACUAUUUUACGAAGAUAAUAAGCUAUUGCAAGUGAUACAGAAGAAAUUUAUCAUAUCCGUUGUUGCUCAGCAAUUCUACCAUUCUAAUUUCUGUAAUCCCCCCCAACUCUCCAUUUCAUGAUUUUUUCGUAUUUCCGAAGCUAGGGGAUAUGGCGGUUCGCCUCAUGAACGGCGGUAGCGCAAUCUUCCGCUGCUGCGCAGUGUCGCCGCCGCCCACCGCCCUAAGGUGCUGCCUGCGCCACCAUAAGCAUGUUCCGUUGCACUCCUCCGCUUGCUUGUCAAUUUCCCGGCGACUUCGUUGUCGCCGCAUAUCAUUUGGCUAUGAGGCGGUUCGGAGGUACUCGGCGCAGAGUCUGGUGGAUAUGAUGAUGGAGGAGCUGGAGUCACUCCGGAAGCGCGGUGUAGCUCGCGCCUCAAACAAAUUAGAAUUGGAAACUAGUGAUGAGCUUCUCGAAGAUAAGCCUGGAAAGAAGACUCUUCAGAAAGGAUUGUUGCUAGAGUUCAAGAAGGAUUCAGAGAGGGUCUUACUAGCAGUUGUGCAGAAACCGGAUGGCAAAAAGAACUGGAUGGUUUCCGAUCAGAAUGGUGUAAUGGCAUCUAUUAAGCCGCAACAAAUUACUUUCAUUGUCCCCGGUGUCAAGAACUUUGAUCAUAUGGAGAUAUCAGACUUUAUUCAGAAAGCACAAGAUAAUCUGGACCCUUCUCUGCUUGAAUUCGCAUGGAUUGAACUUGUUGAAAAGAAUAAAUCAAUAACUGUGGAAGAGCUUGCAGAGAUGAUGUUUGGUAGUGCGGAACCUCUGGAAAGCUAUUCUGCUCAUUUGUUGCUCUCGAAGGAUGAUAUAUACUUCACAACACUGGAAUCUAAAGGUUCAUGUUCUGUUUAUGGGCCCAGACCUGCUGUUCAGGUCGAAGAACUUAUGCGCAGGAAGCAUGCCAAAGAGGCUGCAGAUAGGGAACUUGAAGAGUUUGUUAAUUUACUGAGAUCUGCCAGGGAUAUGCCGCUUCAUGCGAAGCCCCCAAAGUCCAUGUGGAGCUCUGAAGAGAAAAAUCAGAAAAAAAUUGAGAUUCUUCAAGCAUAUGCAAUUGAUGAUUGUAGGAAUGACGAUGAAAAGAAGACUGCUGGGAUGAUUUUGAAGGGCGUAGGACUUGCUAGAACAGCAUCAGCAGCAAUGAAUCUCCUCAUUGAUAUUGGUUAUUUCCCAGUGCACAUUAAUCUUGAUAUAUUGAAGCUCAACAUCCAUACUGAUUAUGCAGAAGAGAUUCUUAUAGCUGCCGAAAGACUUUUGCUCGAGUCACCUGACCCAGAUGAGGCUGAGAGAAAAGAUCUUACUCACUUGAAGGUUUAUGCCAUUGAUGUUGAUGAAGCUGAUGAGCUCGAUGAUGCACUGAGUGCAACUAGGCUUCAGGAUGGCCGUAUAAAGAUCUGGAUCCAUGUUGCAGAUCCUACAAGAUUGGUCCAGCCUGGAAGCAUUAUAGACAAAGAGGCAAUGAAGAGGAGCACUUCUGUUUUUUUACCAUCUGCUACUUACCCAAUGUUCCCUGAGAAGUUAGCCAUGGAAGGCAUGAGUUUGAAGCAAGGGGAGCACUGCAAAGCUGUCACAGUGUCGGUUGUGCUGCAUGGUGAUGGUGGCAUUGCAGAAUAUUCUGUUGAAAACUCAAUCAUCAAACCAACAUAUAUGUUGACUUAUGAGAGUGCAACAGAACUCCUUCAUUUGAACCUUGAAGAGGAGGCUGAACUUAGACUUCUUUCAGAGGCUGCUACACUCCGAUUUCAAUGGCGUCGAAGGCAGGGUGCAAUAGACACAUCUACAUUAGAAGCCAGAAUCAAGGUGACUAAUCCAGAUGAUCUAGAGCCCUUGAUCAAGCUGUAUGUGGAGAAUCAGGCUGAUCCUGCUAUGCGUCUUGUAUCUGAGAUGAUGAUACUUUGCGGCGAAGUUAUGGCCACUUUUGGUUCUUUGAACAAAAUCGCCUUACCUUACCGGGGACAACCUCAGUCAAAUAUUGAUAUAUCUGAUUUUGUUCAUCUUCCUGAAGGCCCAGUAAGGAGUUCUGCUAUAGUUAAAACCAUGCGUGCUGCUGAAUUCGAUUUCAGGAAGCCUACACGUCACGGAGUUUUAGGACUUCCUGGAUAUGUCCAAUUCACAUCUCCCAUACGUAGAUAUAUGGAUCUACUGGCUCACUAUCAGGUAAAAGCUUUUCUCAGGGGAGAUUCUCCUCCUUUCUCAGCAGGACAGCUGGAGGGGAUGGCAUCUAUGGGAAAUAUGAAUGUGAGGUUAGUGAGGCGGCUUAGCUCUAGCAGUCUCCGUUAUUGGAUGAUAGAAUACCUGAGGCAGCAACCAAAAGAAAAGAAGUUUUCUGCAUUGGUCCUACGAUUUAUCAAAGAUAGAGUUGCUGCAAUACUCUUGGUGGAGGUUGGAGUACAAGGUUCUGCUUGGGUAUCUCUCGGUGUACAGGUAGGCGAUGAAGUAAAAGUUCUUGUAGAGGAAGCGCAUCCACGUGAUGAUGUUCUUAUAUUCAAGGAGGCUCAAGGGAUUUAGAGGCUCAACUAUAUAUGCCCACCAAAGUAAGGCUGCAAACCAAUUCCAAGAUUCCCAUGAGCAUAACAGAGAUCUUUCUUCGGCAAGAAAAUGACUUGGUAUUUGCUUCUGUGCUGUAUCUGGAGAAAUUGUUACAAUCUGAACAGGCAUGAGUUGAUGUUGAACGCACGAGAUACUCCUGUUCUUACAGAUGAUUAUAGGACUAAUUUUUGGGCACUCCAGGCUACUACUCAAAAGUAUCAGGGUCAGCUGAUAUGAUAACUACUGCAGGGCAUUAAGAUUCUCUAAAAGAGGUGCUGUAACUUGUUUGAGUUCAUACUUUGGCAACGAGCAAGUUAUCGAGGUGUUCUGAUAAGUUUUGGAGUAAUGUCGCUACUGGUUUUGAACCUUCAUUUUAUUUUUCCAGAUUCUGAUUAGUGGUUCAUGCGCCGAGUUAAGAAGGUUCUUUGUUCUUCUUCCUGGGCUUUCUUCUGCCUGUACAUACAAAAUUUUCAGUGCUCCAAUUUUGUAUUCAAGUGUAUCUAUAUAUAUGUAAUAUUUUGGUAAGUAGACAGAAAAAAAUCUUGGUAUUGC